UUCCAGGCUGCCGGAGCGGUGACCUGGGGCGGCUGUUGAGGCUACGCUGCCUGCUGUCUUCUCCGCGUGUUGUCAGGGCGGCUGGGGAAGCUGCUGGCGACCCGUGUCUUACCUGCGACUCCUCCCGGAGGAAGUGGGCCUCCAGGCGCCCAGGAUCCCGGCUAGCAUCUCUUUCGGCUCGGGAAGGGCGCGGCAUUCCCAUUACUCAAUCUCGACGCCUCCAGUCCCCUCCCCUCAGAGGAUAAACAAACACCAGCGCGUUACUUCAAUGACUUAAAAGCAGCCUCACCAACUUAGAAAAGUUGUGUUUUUCCUACUCCGAGCGUCGACGCUCUUUCUUCCCCCAAAUCUUUCACCGGCAGAUUGGGUGGAAGGCGUUUUUGAAAAUAAAAACUCAUUUAGAUGCUGUUUACUUUUGGGAGACAUGUUAACAUCGCCCUUUGAGGCUUCAUAUCUUUUGAGAAUCAUUUAAUUGCUAGAGUAACCCUACAAAAACACAGUAUGCAUUUGACUUUUACAGUUUUAAACUCCUAAGGGGCAUAAAGGUUCAACAGAUUUCCUUCCAUCUUGUCCACAGUUCUCCCACGGGGUGGCGGCUGACGGCACGAUGGAUCUGGCUGGGCUCCUUCUGGACGAAGAAGGCACGUUUUCCCUUACCGGUUUCCAGGACUUCACGUUCCUUCCAGGACACCAGAAACUGAGUGCUCGAAUCCGAAGGAGACUCUAUUAUGGCUGGGACUGGGAUACAGACUGCAGCCUGGAGGAACUCUCCAGCCCUGUGGCAGACAUUACUGUGGAACUUCUUCAGAAGGCAGCACCCAGUCCUAUCCGUCGACUCCAGAAGAAAUAUGUAGCUCAUGUGUCCCGGGAGGCUUGUAUCUCCCCCUGUGCGAUGAUGUUAGCUCUUGUGUACAUUGAGCGGCUCCGGCACCGAAACCCUGACUACCUGCAGCACGUGUCGUCUUCUGACUUGUUUCUGAUCUCCAUGAUGGUGGCCAGUAAAUACCUUUAUGAUGAAGGAGAGGAAGAGGAGGUCUUCAAUGAUGAAUGGGGAGCUGCUGGGGGAGUGGCUGUGCCUGCUCUCAAUGCCUUGGAAAGGGGCUUCCUGAGUGCCAUGGAUUGGCGUCUCUAUACUGAUCCUCGGGAGAUCUUUGAGGUGCUGAAUUGGCUGGAGAGUUGUGUGGCUGAGCAGCAAGGACGUCGGCGGGGCUGGUACACCUACACAGACCUGUGUGUGCUGCUGGAACAGCCAGCAUGGCAGCUGUCUCUGGGCUCCCUCUGCCAGCGACUGGUAAAGCUGUCCUGCCUGUUAGCCGUGGCAUAUGUGAGCAGUGUGGCCCUAGCUGUGGCAUCAGUGGCUGUAAUACAUCAGUCUUUGGGGCUGUCCUGCAGCCCCUCACCAGGUCCUCCUGAUCUCAGACUGGUUUCUAAAGGCCUCUUGCAGCCUUGCAUACCUUCCCCUGUGCCACAGUGCCUGACUAAUGUCUCCAGCUGCCUGGAAGGCAAUGUAGAGUUGCCGCCCCUGUGGGGCAGUCUUCUGGCCUCACUGACACCCCUUCCGGUACCUCCCCCAGACCCUCCUGUCCCACCUACUCUUCUCCACAAAUGCCCCCUUUGCCAGAAGUUCCAGAGAAACACCCAAAACUGCCAUGCCUGCCACCAGCCUAACCAUACAGUGUCUAUUGGUCCUUCACGGCCCUUUUACCACACCCAUGGCCUGGCCCCACCCUGGCUCUGGAGCCCAGCAGCCCCUCCAUUCCUCCAACCCCAGCAAUGUUCUCUUUUUAGUGUCAUGGAGCUGGCCCGUCUCAAGUCUUUUAUUUUCCCAGGCUAGGUAGGGUUCUAAGGAGUGCGGUAAAAGAGGGUUUGGGACUCCCUAAGAACCUGGAAGAGGAAAACUUGAUUUAGAUUUUUGCUACCUCUCUGGGUCUUUGGCUGGUCCCCUGUCCUCCUGGGUAGGAGCACAAGAGAUUAUGGGGCAAAGCAAGGUCAUUCACUCUCCCAGACCUCAGAGGCUGGCUAGUAGGCUAGAACUCUGAUGGUGCCUGGGACAAUUUCAGCUCAGUGACCAGGGGCAUGUCACCAAUAACAGAGAAGCUCCUAUCUUUCUGCCUUCCCAAGCCUAGGGGAGUAGACUUUUGCUUUUGAGUUUCCAAAGAUGGAAAGGUAAAGGUGGGAGGUGUGGGAAGUGGAUGAGAAGAAGGAAGCAUUUGUGUGGUUCUGUUCCUGUGAUGUCCCUGGGGCAGGAAAACCAGGGGCGGAUGGCCCUGAGAUGGCAGUGGCUGAGGGAAGGCGUCCUGAGGCAGGAAGCUUGCCACACCCAUCCCUUGGAUGUAGUUGUCACAACCAGGGAUUUCUGGGUCCUUCAACCUUAUCCUUUUGUCUUCCAACCUUAGCAUCUUGCUCCAAGGCUUCCCACUUGACCGGUUCUUUUCUAGGUGUUCUCUUUACAGGCUCUCUGGGCACACUGCUUUGUAUCUGAGUUUUUCACGCUUUUGUAGAACUGAGGUUUUAAUAAACAGUUUCUGUUGCAUGGCC